CCCACCCCAGCAUUCCUUCCUCCUACCUUUGGCAUUACUCGCAAGCGCGCAAACUCUUUGAUUUACAAUGAAGUUCUCGAUCUGCACUCUCGUCAUUGCCGCCACUGCCUCGGCUGCUGUCGUCACCGUCGAGUCCAAGCCUGAGACCAAGGGGGAGGCCAAGGCCGUUGAGCCUAAGGUUGCCGAGUCUGUUGCUGCUGUCUCUGGCGCUGUUCCCCGCACCACCGUCUCUGAGCUUGCCCAUGCCUCCUCCCCCGCAUCACUCGCUACCCCGACCGGCCAGGCUACUCUGACACUGUUCUCGGCUUCGGGUGAGUCUAGUGCUUCUGGCAGCAAAGACGGCCGCACAGCAUCCGCUGCUGCUGCUUCUGGGUCGAAUUCCGCCUCGAAGAGCGGAAGCGCCAUGAUUGCGCUGGUUGUCUCUGCAGCCUUCCUUGCAGCCGUCCAGUUCUAAAAAAUAAAGAAAACAUGCCCACGCUUCUCUCUCAUACUUUCAUCCUAUUCCAGCGCUAUACAUUACUGCCCUCCUCCUCCAGCGAUUAUGUUGACAAAAUAUAUUUCCAG